ACCUUGUAUCAAUGGAUGCCAGUCCUGCAAAGAUAAUCUCAAAACUGAACAGAUCUUGAGAAGCAAGAAAAGCAGCAUGAGUGACUCCUUUGGGACUGGGUUUGUUUCAAGUAGGUGGAAUGCAGUGCCAUGAGAAAAUCUGUCAUCCAUGACAAGGUGGGAUUAUCAUGAUCGAAUACUCCAUUUUGAUUUUAACCAGUGGCCAAGAGCAUUGCAUGGUCAACAGCACAGACUGGACUUUUAAAGAAAGUAUAACAGGCCUGUGACAGAAGAUUAGACAACUUCAGUGGAGUCAUGCUUCACACAGCCAUAUCAUGCUGGCAGCCAUUUCUAGGUCUGGCUGUGCUGCUACUUUUCAUGGGCUCUACCAUAGGCUGCCCAGCCCGCUGUGAGUGUUCGGCACAGAACAAGUCUGUCAGCUGUCACCGGAGGCGCCUGACUGCCAUCCCCGAGGGCAUCCCCAUUGAGACUAAAAUCCUGGAUCUUAGCAAGAACAAGCUAAAGAACAUCAGCCCGGAGGAAUUCACAUCUUACCCACUGCUUGAGGAGAUAGAUCUCAGUGACAACGUCAUCGCCAAUGUAGAGCCAGGAGCCUUUAGCAAUCUGUUUAACUUGCGCUCUUUGAGACUCAAAGGGAACCGUCUGAAGCUGGUUCCUUUAGGGGUAUUCACUGGGCUGUCAAACUUAACAAAGCUAGAUAUUAGCGAAAACAAGAUUGUCAUUCUGCUGGACUACAUGUUCCAGGAUCUACACAACCUGAAGUCCCUCGAAGUAGGGGAUAAUGAUCUGGUAUAUAUAUCCCACAGGGCGUUUAGUGGACUACUUAGCCUGGAGCAGCUUACUUUGGAAAAAUGCAACCUAACAGCUGUACCAACAGAAGCCCUCUCCCACCUUCACAACCUCAUCAGCCUGCACCUGAGACAUCUCAGUAUUAACCUUUUGCCUGCAUUUGCCUUUAAGAGAUUGUUCCGUCUGAAAAACCUAGAAAUUGACUAUUGGCCAAUGCUGGACAUAAUGCCUAGCAACAGCUUAUAUGGCCUGAACCUCACUUUUCUCUCCAUCACCAACACCAACUUGUCCGCAAUACCUUAUUCGGCUCUGAGGCAACUGGUUUACCUAACACAUCUGAACCUCUCCUACAACCCCAUCAGCACCAUUGAGUCAGGCAUGCUUGCAGAACUGGUGCGCCUACAGGAGCUUCACAUAGUUGGGGCCCAGUUACGCACCAUUGAACCCCAUGCUUUCCAAGGGCUCAGGUUCCUGCGUGUGCUCAAUGUGUCCCAAAACUUGUUAGAAACCUUAGAAGAGAAUGUGUUCCAUUCCACCAAAGCCCUGGAAAUCCUCUCCAUAAACAACAACCCUCUGGCUUGUGACUGCCGCCUCCUUUGGAUAUUACAAAGGCAGCCCAUGCUGCAGUUUGGCAGCCAGCAGCCUAUGUGUGCUGGCCCUGACAGCGUCAAAGAGAGGCCAUUCAAGGACUUCCACAGCACUGCCCUUUCUUUCUACUUCACUUGCAAGAAGCCCAGGAUCCAAGACAAGAAGCUACAAUACUUGGUGGUGGACGAAGGGCAGACGGUACAGCUCAUGUGCAGUGCUGAUGGUGAUCCUCAGCCGACCAUCUCCUGGGUGACUCCACGCCGGAGGUUGGUCACAAUGAAAUCCAAUGGAAGAGCCACAGUGCUGGGAGAUGGCACACUGGAGAUCCGAUUUGCUCAAGAUCAAGACAGCGGGACCUACGUUUGCAUUGCAAGCAAUGCUGCUGGGAAUGACACCUAUGCAGCCACCCUUACAGUCAAAGGAUUUGCCUCGGAUCGGUUCCUUUAUGCUAACAGGACUCCCAUGUACAUGACGGACUCCAAUGACACCAGUUCCAAUGGAACCAAUGUGAAUACAUUUUCUCUUGACCUCAAGACAAUACUGGUGUCAACAGCUAUGGGCUGUUUUACAUUCCUUGGGGUGGUUUUAUUUUGUUUCUUACUUCUUUUUGUGUGGAGCCGAGGGAAAGGCAAGCAUAAAACCAAUAUUGACCUUGAGUAUGUCCCUCGUAAAAACAAUGGUGCAGUGGUGGAAGGGGAGGUUCCUGGACCACGCAGGUUUAAUAUGAAAAUGAUUUGAUGGUUAUGCUGCUAGCAUUAUUAUUUUUCUCUCUCUCCUGUGGCAUUCUAACCAAUUCAAUGAGCCUGGCAUGUAGGAAUUGCCAGGUUCAAGGCAGCUUUGCAUGGCUGCCGUCAUGUCAAACGGUACAUGGAAACCAGGAAGAGUAUCUGAGGUUGUACAGCAAAGCCUCUUCUUUUGGGGCUGAGUGUGUGUUAGGGCUUUUUGCAGAGUUGGUAUACAGUACUAAUUGUUUGCAUUGCAAAUUUUUUGGCAUUCUGGGGAUCUCAGUAAUGAAUUGUUGGCUCAUGUUCAUGGACAACUGUUCAAAACAUUUUCUACCACUUCAAAAAAAAAAGGAAAAAAAGAAACCCUACAGUGUAGGAUUUACAUAUUUAAAGAAAAAAGAGACACAUUUGUCUACUUCAUACUCUGCAGUGAAAUUUGUAUCUAUAGAUCUCAUUUACUAAUGCCUUGCAUCAUACAUACCUUCUAGUUGGUUCUACACUACAAAGAUUAAUGUAUUAUUGUAUUUUUUUUAAUAUACAUAUUUACUGUGUACAUUUUAAAGCAAUACAGAUGAGAGGUUUUGUUCCUUCCACAGCAACUGAUCCAAGUGUGAUGUCACUCUUCCCAUAAUUACAGCCAAAUUCCCAGAUCAGACUUCUGUAGUCACCAAUGAAUUAUGCUAUCUAUUCAAAGACCAGAGAGGAACCAACCAUUGAGGCAGGCAACCAUUACUGUGUCUUGUUGCUCUUCUUUUCGUGU